AUGACGGCAAAUGGCCAGCGGUUCAUUGGGGUCGAACGGAACGGUCGGACAGAGCGUCUCAUCAUUGAUCAAGUAAUGCCGCGUGGAGCUUGUGUCGCAGGCCGGGCAACAACUUGUUGGAAAGCUCAUCCGGAGGGAGAUGCACAAACGCCGCCCGUCAUCAAAGACUCGUGGCAGUACCUGGAGCGCGAAGAAGAAGGCGAGUUACUUCGUGAGGCGACUGACAAAGGAGUGGUCAACAUGGCCCGAUACCAUUAUCACGACGACAUUCAAAGCAAUGUUCGAAAGGGAUUAGAUGUCACCGAGGCGAGAAAUUACCAGUCGGAGCGCUCGAUGAUUUCGGCGAGCACGGCCAGUGCUCGGCGGAAAGGCCGCACCAGCAGCACCGUUGGCUUGAAGCGGCCCUCCAGCUACACUGACGCCCCACUGCCGCCUAGCAAGCGCCCCUGUUCAGCGUCUCCGACCCAGGCCAUUAACGAUGCAUUGCCAAAUCGGAUACAUCAGCAUGUCAUUCUUCGCGACUAUGGAAAGCCAAUUUACAAUGCCAGCUCCCGCGCGUCUCUACUUACCGCGCUCGAGGGUUGCAUUGAAAGAUAUGAGUCCUUGUACAAGGCCGGUGUCCUCCACCGAGACAUCUCACUCAACAAUAUUAUGGUGAAUGAGGAUGACAACAACCCCUCUUGGUCUGCAUUCUUGAUUGACCUCGAUUUUGGGAUCAAAGAAACGCGAGAGAAGUCCUCGGGUGCCAAAGGCAAGACUGGUACGGGGGCCUUUAUGGCAAUCGGGGUCCUUCUAGGCGAGCAGCAUUCUUUCAUGCACGAUCUCGAGUCAUUCUUCUGGGUCUUGUUCUGGAUAUGCAUCCACUGCAACGGGCUCGAUAAGAGUAGAGUAGUUCCCUCUUUUGAAGCUACUGGACAGUUAGCUUUGCUCAAGAAAGGGGAAAUAUGUCAUGUACGGGAUUUCGUUGUGACCGCAGAGGAGAAUUUUACGUCAUACCACCAGCCGUUGAUUCCUUGGGUUAACAGGUUGCGGAGGGUGGUGUUUCCCGACGGCAGGAGGUGGAAGAAAGGAGAUACAGGAUUGUAUUCUCGGAUGAAGCAAAUCCUUCGCGAAGCCCGGAAGGACCCUAUGGUAUAG